AGGUUUGUCAUGGCUAUAGUACAUUUGUUUAUGCAUAGAUGCCCAGUUGGUUACCCAUACGGUGUAGAGAGGAUCUUGCGGUGUGGACUAUGGAGCCAGAUUAUAUUGAAGAAUCAUUUUGUAUGCUCAUCACAGUUAGUUAGGCUACUAGUCUCCCCUGUUAUCUGUGUCAUCGUACAUUGUUAAGACUAAUCAAGUGUUUGGUUCCACGUAGACCGAGAGAAGUGGAGUCUUACUCUUAUUAGCAGCGGAGCUAGCUAGCAGCCGGUAGAUGAUAGGUUGGGCGCCGUUGGCACUUGGCAGACAGAUCCUCUGCGCAUAAAACAAGGGGAGGAGAAGUUAGCUAGCGAACACGUACUUGGCGGGCAUAUCCUAUCCUUGGGAUCCAAGGGCAUCGCGUCCGGGAAGCGGCCAAAACGGGAGCAGCAUCAUAUCUGGCAAGCAUUUCUUGAAACCGAAGCUACACGCGGCCGGAGAGCAUCUAGAUUCCCUUUGGUCGCUUAUAUAUAGCCAUCGUCGUCGCCGUCUCCCAUUCCCUUCCUCCCGGUCGGCCUGCCUCCAUUGCUGCGAGCGCCCUUGUCGGAGAGGCUGAGAGAUUGCUUUGGGAGUGCAAAUGAAUCUGACGUUGAGUCUAGGCGUCGACGGUGGUGGUGGUGCCACGGCCAAGAAGCGGAAACUGAGAGACGAUGGCGGCGAAGCUGAUGGCGGGGAUCGCGCCAGGGUCAUGAGGCUCCUCCAGGCGAGAGAUCGCGUGGCCAAGGUUGAGCUUGAUCACCACGACGACGAUCAUGAGGGUAAGGGUGGCGAAGGCGGCCUGCGGCUCAUGCGCCUGCUGCUCUCCUCGGCGGCCGCCGGCGAGGUCGGCGACAUGCACGCGGCGGCUGUGGCUCUGCGUGAGGUCUACCGGCACGCGUCCUUCCGCGGCAGCGACCCCGUCCAGCGUGUCGCGGCUUACUUCGCGGACGCGCUGGCGUCGAGGCUCCUGCUGCCGUCGCCGCCGCCCGUUCCAGCCACGACGACGCGCGCGGAGCAGUUCCUAGCGCUCACCAUGUUCUACCAGGCGUCCCCGCUGUACCAGUUCGCGCACUUCACGGCGAACCAGGCCAUCGUCGAGGCCUUCGAGGCCUCCGGCCGCCGGCGCCUCCACGUCGUCGACUUCGACGUCUCCUUCGGCUUCCAGUGGCCGUCCCUCAUCCAGUCCCUCUCCGACGCCGCGGCCACCACUAGCUCCGGCUCCAACGACGGAAGCGGUUCCUCGGGCGGCGGCGGCGAGCCGGUAUCCCUGCGCAUCACCGGGUUCGGUGCCAGCACCGACGAGCUGCGGGACACGGAGGCCCGGCUCACGCGGUUCGCGGACGGCUGCCCCAACCUCCGGUUCGAGUUCGAGGGCGUCAUGAACGACGGGCCGGAGGACGGCCGCCACGGCCGCAUCAGGGUCGACCCCGCCGCGGCGGUGGUCGUCAACCUGGUGUUCCCGGCCGCGGCGAGCUCGAGGGAAUCGCGCGCCACAUUGGACUGCAUCCGCGCCCUGGACCCGUCCCUGGUGUUCCUGAUUGAUAGGGCCAGCGACGGCAAUCCCGCCAGGUCCAGGAACAGCGAGAGCCUGCUCCCGCGGUUCGCAUCCAGCCUGCGGUACUACGCUGCCGUGUUCGAGUCGCUGCACGAGUGCCUCCCGGCCGACAGCGCCGAGCGGCUCGCCAUCGAGAGGGACCACCUCGGCGUGGAGAUCAGCGACGCCAUGGCCGCCUCCCCGGACCAUCGCGCGGCGGAUUACUGGACGGAGACGCUGGAGAGGGCCGGGUUCGAGGGCGCGAGGCUGAGCUCCAGGACGGUGAGCCAGGCGAAGCUGCUGCUCAAGAUGAAGAGCGGCGGGUGCGGCGGCGGGUUCCGGGUCAUGGAGGACGGCGGCGACAGGGCCAUGGCGCUGGGGUGGCGUGACAGGGCUCUCAUCAGGGCCACCGCGUGGCGGCCAUGCCGGCGCUCUGUCGGCAAGAACGAUCUGUGACACAUGCGUCCAUUGAUUCUUUCAGUACAUAGGCAGGGAAACCAUGCAUGCACAUGCAUGGCUUCAGUUCAGGCGAUUCUUCUUCCUCCUCCCGGUUUCUUCGUUGGUUCUUUGAUCCUCACGCAGUAGUUUGAUUCUUAAUUAGUUUUUCUUCUUCUCUUGAGUCCUUGAGUGAUACAUGUAUACUAGAUUACUAGUACAGGUUAAAAGAGAGAUUAUAUACAGUUGAUACAUACAUAUAUAUUCCACAAAAA